ACGUCUGCUGUCCCCACCACUUCCACGACUAAAUCUGCAGUGCCUACCACUUCCACGACUAUGUCUGCUGUUCCCACCACUUCCACUAGUACUGCUCCAGUUCCCAAUAUCUCAACAACUACUUCUGCAGUCCCCAGCACUUCCACGACUACUUCUCCAGUUUCCAUCAUCUCCACAACUACGUCUGCAGUCGCUACCACUUCAACGACUACGUCUGCUGUUCCCACCACUUCCACAAACCCCACCACUUCCUCGACUACUUCCCCCGUUUCGACCAUCUCGACAACUACUUCUGCAGUCCCUACCUCUUCCACGACUACAUCAGCUGUUUCCACCACUUCCACGACUACUUCGCCAGUUCCCAUCAUCUCCAUGAGUACACCUACAGUCCCCACUACUUCCACAACUACGUCUGCUGUCUCCACCACCUCGACGACUAAAUCUGCAGUCCCCAACACUUCAAUGACUACUUCUCCAAUUCCCAUCAUCUCCACAACUACGUCUGCUGUCCCCACCACUUCCACAACUACUUCUCCGGUUCCCAUCAUCUCCAUGAGUACAUCUACAAUCCCCACCACUUCCACAACUACGUCUGCGGUCCCCAACACUUCCACGACUACUUCCCCCAUUCUGAUCAUCUCGACAACUACUUCUGCAGUCCCUACAACUUCCACGACUACGUCUGCUGUUCCCACCACCUCCACGACUAUUGCUCCAGUUAGCAUCAUCUCAACGACUACUUCUGCAGUCCCUAGCACUUCCAAGACUACUUCUACAAUUCCCAUCAUCUCCACAACUACGUCUGCUGUCCCCACCAUUUCCUCGACUACUUCUCCAGUUCCCAUGAUCUCCAAAACUACGUCUGCUGUCCCCACCACUUCUACGACUACUUCUCCAGUUCCCAUUCCCCACCACUUCCGCAAGCACAUCUAUAGUCCCCACCACUUCCACGACUGUCUCUACAGUCCCCAACACUUCCAUAACUACGUCUCCUGUCCCCACCACUUCCACGACUAA